AUGCAGCUGUUGGGGCUCCUCAGCAUCCUCUGGAUGCUCAAGGCCUCCCCAGGGGCCACAGGAACUUUAUCCACGGCCACAUCCACCUCUCAUGUGACUUUCCCCAGGGCAGAAGCAACCCGCGAUGCCCUCAGCAAUUCUCCACACUCCAGAGACCUGGCUGAGUGGCCACAAGGUGUCCUCCAUCUCACCUCUCCUGCUCCUGGCCACAGGGAAAAUGCACCUGUGACGCUCACUACCUCCCCCCAUGACACACUCAUCUCUGAAACAUUGCUCACCUCUCCAGUCAGUUCCAACACCUCAACCACCCCAACGUCCAAGUUUGCCUUCAAGGUUGAAACCACUCCACCCACUGUGUUGGUCUAUUCGGCCACCACUGAGUGCGUGUAUCCAACGAGCUUUAUAAUCACCAUCUCCCACCCCACCUCCAUCUGUGUGACCACAACGCAGGUGGCCUUCACCAGCUCUUACACCCCCACUCCUGUGACACAGAAACCAGUGACCACCGUCACCAGGACUUACCCUAUGACCUCUACUGAGAAAGGAACAUCAGCCAUGACAUCUUCUCCCUCUACCACCACUGCAAGGGAAACUCCCAUAGUGACAGUGACACCCUCCUCCUCUGUGUCAGCCACAGACACAACCUUCCACACUACAAUCUCCUCUACAACUAGAACCACAGAAAGGACUCCCCUGCCCACUGGAAGCAUCCAUACGACCAUGUCCCCAACCCCAGUAUUUACUAGUCUCAAAACAGCAGUGACUUCAACUUUCCCCAUCACUUCCACCAUCACUUCCACAAAUACAGUGACUUCUAUGACAAUGACAACCUCCCGGCCCACAGCCUCUAAUACGUUGUCAUCACUCAUGAGUAACAUUUUAUCUUCUAUCCCUGUCUCAAGCACAGAAAUGAUCACCAGUCAUACCACAGACACCAACCCUCUAUCUACCUUGGUGACCACACUCCCCACUACCAUCACCAGGUCUACACCUACAUCUGAGACCACCUACCCUACUUCUCCCACCAGCACAGUCACAGACUCCACUACCAAAAUCACCUACCCCACAGUUUUGACAGGUACAUGGUCCACCGCCACUACUCUCCCACUCACCUCUUCCUCUCUCCCAACCACAGAAACAGCCACGACUCCUACCACAAACUUGGGAAACAUCACCACUGAGACCACCUCCCACAGUACUCCCAGCUUCACUUCUUCAACCAUCUAUUCCACCGUCAACAUAUCCACAACUACCAUCUCCUCACUUCCCCCUUCCUCAGGUACCAUGGUGACAUCCACAACCAGGACCCCAUCUUCUCUGAGUACAGACAUGUCUACCACCACACUGAAAAAUAUCACCCAGCCUUCUGUGGGCUGUACUGGUUUCCUGACUACAGCUACAGACCUCACCUCAACAUUCACUGUUUCCAGUUCCUCAGCAAUGUCCACAAGUGUCACUCUAUCUGCCCCCAGCAUCCAGAAUAAAGAAAUCUCAACACUUGUGAGUACAACCACUACCACCAGUCCCACUGAGAGAAUGACUGGCAGAAGUAUAGAGAAUACCCCGACAAGUUAUGUCCUGACCACCUGUCCAGUGACAUACUCAUUUUCCCCUUCCACAUCUGCCAGCAGUGACUGGACCACUGACACAGAGAGCAUAUCCUCAGCUCCAGCCAUCACCAGUACACUCCACACAACAGCUGAAUCCACCCUGGCACCCACUACUACCAACUCAUUCACAACAUCUGCAAACAUGGAACCACCUUCUACCACUGUAGCAACUACAGGCACAGGUCAGACCACCUUCACCAGCUCUACAGCCACAUUCCUUGAGACCACCACACUGACUCCUACAAUUGACAUGUCCACAGAAUCUUUUAUGACACCAAUGACUACUACCCCCAUCACUUCCGCAAUCACUCCCACAAAUACAGUGACUUCUAUGACAACUAUGACCUCUCCUCCCACAAAAACCAAUUCUUUUACAUCCCUGACCAGUAAGAUUCUGUCUUCCACACCUGUCCCAAACACAGAAGCAAUCACCAGUGGCACCACAAACACAAUCCCUCCAUCUAGCUUGAUAACUACACUCCCCAGACCAAAUGCCUCAUCUAAGCCUACAUCUGAGACCACCUACCCUAAUUCUCCGAUUGGUCCUGUUACAAACUCCACGACCAAGAUCACUUAUCCCACCACUAUGACAGAGACAUCAUCUAAUGCCAUCUCUCUUCCCCCCAACUCUCCUUCAAUUUCACCUACAGAAACAACCAAAAGACCUACCACAAACUUGGUAACAAGUGCCACCGAGACCACCUCACAUACCACCAGCUCCAUUUCUACAACCAUCUACUCCACAGCCAACACAUACACAACUGCCAUCACCUCAUUUCCCACUACCUUGGGUACCACGGUGAUGUCUAUAUCCAUGACCCCACCUACACUGAAUACAAGUAUCCCUGCCUCACAACCAAAGACCACCACUUCCUUAUCUGGGGGCAUCACUGGUUCAUUACCUAUGAUGACAGACCUUACCUCAGGGUACACCUUCUCCAGUAUGUCUGCAAUUCCCUCAACCGUCAUUCCCACAUCUCCCACUGUCCAGAAUACAGAAACCUCAAUCUUUGUCAGCAUGACCUCUGCCACCACUCCCAGUGGGAGACCAACUUUCACAAGUAAGGAGAACACUCCAUCAAGGUCUCUCCUGACAAGCUUUCCAACGACACAUUCAUUCUCUUCUUCCAUGUCUGAAAGCAGUGCUGGGACCACUCACACAGAGAGUAUCUCCUCACCUCCAGCCACCACCAGUACACUCCACACAACAGCUGAAUCCACCCCGUCGCCCACUACCACCACCUCAUUCACAACUUCCACAACUACGGAACCACUUUCAACCACUGUAGCAAUGACAGGCACAGUGAAGACCACCAUCACUAGCUCCACAGCCACAUUCCGGGAGAACACCACACUGACUUCUACAACUGACAUGUCCACAGAAUCUCUCAUGACUGCAAUAACUUCUACUACCCGACUCACUUCUGCAAUCACUUCCAAGACUACAUUGACUUCUUUGAAAACUACUGCCUCCCAGCCCACAGCCAAUAGUACGUUAUCAUCACUCACCAGUAGCAUUUUGUCUUCCACACCUGUCCCCAGCACAGACAUGAUCACUAGUCACACCACAAACCUUACCCGUUCAUCUCCCUUGGUUGCCACACUCCCUACUACCAUCACCAGGUCUACACCUACAUCAGAGACCACCUACCCUACUUCUUCUACCAGCACAGUGACAGGCUCCACAACCGACAUCAAGUAUUCCACAAGUAUGACAGGUACAUUGUCCACGGAGACCUCUCUCCCACCCACCUUUUCCUCUCUCCCAACCACAGAAACAGCCACGACUCCUACCACAAAUUUGGUAACCACUGAGAUAACAUCCCAGAGUACUCCCAGCUUCUCUACUUCAACCAUCCACUCCACAGUCAGCACAUCCACAACUGUCAUCUCCUCAGGUUCCCCUACCUCAGGUACCAUAGUGACUUCCAUAACCAUGACCCCAUCUUCUCUGAGUACAGACAUCCCUUUGACAACACUAAAAACUAUCACUCACCAUUCUGUGGGCUCUACUGAAUCCUUGCUUACAGCAACAGACCGCCCAUCAACAUUCACUGUUUCCAGUUCCUCAGCAAUGUCUACAAGUGACAUCCCAUCUUCCCCCAGCAUCCAGAAUAUAGAAACCUCAUCCCUUGUCAGCAUGACCUCUGCCACCACUCCUAGUAUGAGACCAACUUUUGCAAGUACACACAGCAGUCCUACAAGUUCCCUCCUGAUGAUCUUCCCAGAAACAUAUUCAUUUUCCCCUUCCAUGUCUGCCAGCAGUGACAGGACCACUCACACAGAGAGUAUCUCCUCACCUCCAGCCAGCACCAGUACACUCCACACAACAGCUGAAUACACCCCAGCACCCACUAUCACCACCUCAUUCACAGCUUCCACAACUAUGGAACCACCUUUAUCCACUGUAGCAACUAGAAGCACAGGUCAGACCACCUUCACCAGCCCUAUAGCCACAUUCUCUGGGACCACCACACUGACUCCUACCACUGACAUUUCUACAGAAUCUCUGACAACAGCCAUGACUUCUCCUCCCAACACUUUAUCAGUCACUUCCACAAAUACAGUGACUUCUAUGACAACUACGACCUCUCCUCACACAACCACCCAUUCUUUUACCUCACUGACCAGUAUGACUCUGUCUUCUACACCUGUCCCAAGCACAGAAGCAAUCACCAGUGGCAUCACAAACACAAUCCCUGCAUCUACCUUGAUGACCACACUCCCCACUCCAAAUGCCUCGUCUACAACUACAUUUGUGACCAGUUAUCCUAAUUCUCCGACUGGUCCUGGUACAAACUCCACGGCUGAAAUCACCUAUCCCAUCACUAUGACAGAGACAUCACCCACUGCCACCUCUCUUCCACUCAUCUCUCCUUCGGUCUUGACUGCAGAAACAGCCAAAACUCCUACCACAAUCUUGGUAACGACCACCACCAAGACCACCUCACAUAGUACCACCAGCUUCACUUCUUCAACCAUUUACUCCACAGCCAGCACAUACACAACUGCCAUCACCUCAGUUCCCACAACCUUGGAUACCAUGGUGACUUCUACAUCCAUGAUCCCAUCUACUCUGAGUACGGGUAUCCCUACCUCACAACCAACAACCAUCACUCCCUCAUCUUUGGGCAUCACUGGUUCAUUACCUAUGAUGACGGACCUCACCUCAGUGUACACAGUCUCCAGUAUGUCUGCAAGACUAACAACUGUCAUUCCCUCAUCUCCCACUGUCCAGAAUACAGAAACCUUAUCCUUUGUCAGCAUGACCUCUGCCACCACUCCCAGUGAGAGACCAACUUUCACAAGUACUGAGAACACUCCAACAAUGUCCCUCCUGACAAGCUUUCCAAUGACACAUUCAUUCUCUUCUAUUUCUGCCAGCAGUGCUGGGACCACUCACACAGAGAGUAUCUCCUCACCUCCAGCCACCACCAGUACACUCCACACAACAGCUGAAUCGACACUGUCACCCACUAUCACCACCUCACUGACCACAUCCACAACUAUGGAACCACCUUCAACAUCUAUAGCAACUACAGGCACAGGGCAGACCACCUUCCCCAGCUUUACAGCCACAUUCCCUGAGACCACCACAGUGACUCCUACAAUUGACAUUUCCACAGAAUCUCUCACAACAGCUAUGACUCCUACUCCCCCCAUCACUUCUUCAGUCACUCCCGCCAAUACAGUGAAUUCUAUGACAACUACGAAUUCCUGGCCCACAGUCGUUAAUACGUUAUCAUCACUCACCAGUAGCAUUUUAUCUUCCACACCUGUCCCGAGCAUAGAAGUGAUCACCAGUCAAACCGCAAACACCACACCUCCAUCUACCUUGGUGACGACACUCCCAACUACCAUUACCACGUCUACACCUACAUCUGAAACAACCUAUUCUACUACUCCCACUAGCACUGUCACAGACUCCACCACCAAAACCACCUACUCCACAAGUAUAGCUGGUACAUUGCCCACUGAGAUUUCUCUCCCAGCCACUACUUCCUCUCUCACAACCAAAGGAACAUCCACGACUUCUACCAGAAACUUGGUAACAACCACCAAUGAGACCACCUCUCACAGUACUCCCAGCUUCACUUCAAACAUCCACUCCACCGUCAGCACAUCCACAACUGCCAUCUCCUCAGUUCCCACUACCUCAGGUCCCAUGGUGACUUCCACAACCAUGACCCUAUCUUCCCUGACUACAGACAUUCCUACCACCACACUGACAACUAUCACCCAGCCUUCAGUGGGCUCUACUGUUUUCCUGACUACAGCAUCCAGCCUUACCUCAACAUUCACUGUUUCCAGUUCCUCAGCAGUGUCCGCAAGUGUCAUUCCAUCUUCCCCCAACAUCCAGAAUACAGAAACCUCAACCCUUGUGAGUACAACCAUUGCCAUCAGUCCCACUGAGAGAACGACUCUCACAAGUACAAAGAAGACCUUGAGAAGUUCAGCCCUGACAAGCUUUCCGGUGACAUACUCAUUUUCCUCUUCCACGUCUGCCAGCAGUGACUUGACCACUGACAUGGACAGCAUCUCCUCACUUCCAGCCAUCACUAGUACACUCCACACAACAGCUGAAUCCACCCCGGCACCCACUUCCACCACAUCAUUGACGACAUCUGAAACUAUGGAACCACCUUUAUCCAGUGUAGCAACUACAGGCACAGGUCAGACCACCUUCACCAGCUCUACAGCCACAUUCCCUGAGACCAUCACACUGACUCCUACCACGAAUAUGUCCAGAGAAUCUCUCAUGACACCAAUGACUUCUACUACCCCCGUCACUUCUGCAAUCACUCCCACAAAUACAGUGACUUCCCUGACAACUAUGACUUCUCCUCCUACAACCACCAAUUCUUUUACAUCACUGACCAGUAAGAUUCUGUCUUCCACACCUGUCCCAAGCACAGAAGCAAUCACCAGUGGCACCACAAACACAAUCCCUCGGUCUACCUUGGUGACCACACUCCCUACUCCAAAUGCCUCGUCUAUGACUACAUCUGAGACUACUUAUGCUAAUUCUCUGACUGGUCCUGUUACAAACUCCAUGAGCAAGAUCUCCUAUCCAACCAAUAUGACAGAGACAUCAUCCACUGCAACCUCUCUUCCCCCCAACUCUCCCUCGGGCUCAACCAAAGAAAUAGCCAAAAGUCCUACCACAAACUUGGUAACAACUGCCACCAAGGCCAUCUCACAUACUACCACCAGCUACACUUCUUCAACCAUCUACUUCACAGCCAGCACAUACACAAGUGCUAUGACCUCAGUUCCCUUGGGUAGUAUGGUGACUCCUACAUCCAUGACCCCAUCUAUUCUGAGUACGAGUAUCCCUACCUCACAACCAAAAACCAUCAAUUCCUCAUCUGGGAGCAUCACUGAUUCAUUACCUAUGAUGACAGACCUUACCUCAGGAUAUACCGUCUCCAGUAUGUCUGCAAUUCCCACAACAGUCAUUUCUACAUCUCCCACUGUCCAGAAUAUAGAAACCUCAAACUUUGUCAGCAUGAUCUCUGCCACCACUCCCAGUGGGAGACCAACUUUCACAAGUACUAUGAACACUCCCACAAGGUCGCUCCUGACAAGCUUUCCAACGACACAUUUAUUCUCUUCUUCCAUGUCUGAAAGCAGUGCUGGGACCACUCACACAGAGAGUAUCUCCUCACCUCCAGCCACCACCAGUACACUCCACACAACAGCUGAAUCCACCCCGUCGCCCACUACCACCACCUCAUUCAUCACAUCCACAACUAUGGAACCACUUUCAACCACUGUAGCAAUGACAGGCACAGUGAAGACCACCAUCACUAGCUCCACAGCCACAUUCCGGGAGAACACCACACUGACUUCUACAACUGACAUGUCCACAGAAUCUCUCAUGACUGCAAUGACUUCUACUACCCGACUCACUUCUGCAAUCACUUCCAAGACUACAUUGACUUCUUUGAAGACCACUGCCUCCCAGCCUACAUCCAAUAGUACGUUAUCAUCACUCACCAGUAGCAUUUUGUCUUCCACACUUGUCCCCAGCACAGACAUGAUCACUAGUCACACCACAAACCUUACCCGUUCAUCUCCCUUGGUUGCCACACUCCCUACUACCAUCACCAGGUCUACACCUACACCUGAGACCACCUACUCUACUUCUUCUACCAGCACAGUGAAAGGCUCCACGACCGACAUCAAGUAUUCCACAAGUAUGACAGGUACAUUGUCCACGGAGACUUCUCUCCCACCCAUCUCUUCCUCUCUCCCAACCACAGAAACAGCCACGACUCCUACCACAAAUUUGGUAACCACUGAGAUAACAUCCCAGAGUACUCCCAGCUUCUCUUCUUCAACCAUCCACUCCACAGUCAGCACAUCCACAACUGUCAUCUCCUCAGGUCCCCCUACCUCAGGUACCAUAGUGACUUCCAUAACCAUGACCCCAUCUUCUCCGAGUACAGACGUCCCUUUGACAACACCAACAACGAUCACUCACCAUUCUGUGGGCUCUACUGAAUCCUUGCUUACAGCAACAGACCUCACAUCAACAUUCACUCUUUCCAGUUCCUCAGCAAUGUCUACAAGUGACAUCCUAUCUUCCCCCAGCAUCCAGAAUAUAGAAACCUCAUCCCUUGUCAGCAUGACCUCUGCCACCACUCCCAGUGUGAGACCAAAUUUUGCAAGUACACACAGCAGUCCGACAAGUUCCCUCCUAACGACGUUUCCAGGGAUGUAUUCAUUUUCCUCUUUCAUGUCUGCCAGCAGUGACGGGACCACUCACACAGAAACUAUCACCUCACUUCCAGCCAGCACCAGUACACUCCACACAACAGCUGAAUCCACCACGGCACCCACUACCACCACCUCAUUCACAACUUCCACAACUAUGGAACCACCUUCAUCCACUGUAGCAACUAGAAGCACAGGUCAGACCACCUUCUCCAGCACUACAGCCACAUUCACUGAGACCACCACACUGACUCCUACAACUGACUUUUCUAAAGAAACUCUCACAACAGCCAUGACUUCUACUCUCCCCAUCACUUCUUCAAUCACUCCCACCAAUACAGUGACUUCUAUGACACCUAUGACCUCCUGGCCUAUAGCCACUAAUACGUUGUCAUCACUUACCACUAACAUUUUAUCUUCUAUACCUGUCCUGAGCACAGAGAUGACCAGUAGUCAUAUUACAAACAUCAAUCCUGUAUCCACCUUGGUGACCACAUUCCUCACUACCAUCACCACGUCUACACCUACAUUUGAGACAACCUAUCCUAUUUCUUCCACCAGCACUGUCACAGAGUCCACGACCGAAAUCACCUAUUCCACCACUAUGACAGAGACAUCAUCUGCUGCCAACUCUCUUCCAUUCACCUCUCCCUUGGUCUCAACCACAGAAACAGUCAAAACUCCUACCACAAUCUUGGUAACCACCACCACCAAGACCACCUCACAUAGUACCACCAGCUUCACUUCUUCAACCAUCUACUCCACAGCCAGCACACACACCACUGCCAUCCCCUCAGUUCCCACUACCUUGGGUACCAUGGUGACUUCUACAUUCAGGAUCCCAUCUAGUCUGAGUACAGAUAUCCCUACCUCACAACCAACAACCAUCACUCCCUCAUCCGUGGGCACCACUGGUUCAUUACCUAUGAUGACGGACCUUACCUCAGUGUACACAGUCUCCAGGAUGUCUGCAAGGCCAACAACUGUCAUUCCCUCAUCUCCCACUGUCCAGAAUACAGAAACCACAUCCUCUGUCAGCAUGACCUCUGCCACUACUCCCAGUGGGAGACCAAAUUUCACACACACUGGGAACAUUCCAACAUGGUCUCUCCUGACAAGCUUUCCAAUGACACAUUCAUUCUCUUCUAUUUCUACCAGCAGCACCGGCACCACUCACACAGAGAGUAUCUCCUCACCUGCAGCCACCACCAGUACACUGCACACAACAGCUGAAUCCAACCUGUCACCCACUAUCACCACCUCAUUCACCACAUCUGCAACUAUGGAACCACCCUCAACAUCUGUAGCAACUACAGGCACAGGACAGAUCACCUUCCCCAGCUCUACAGCCACAUUCCUUGAGACCACCACACUGACUCCUACAACUGACAUUUCUACAGAAUCUCUGACAACAACCAUGACUUCUACUCCCUCUAUCACUUCUUCAGUCACUCCCGCCAAUACAGUGACUUCUAUGACAACUACGACUUCCUGGCCCACAGUUGGUAAUACGUUAUCAUUACUCACCAGUAGCAUUUUAUCUUCCACAUCUGUCCUUAGCGCAGAAGUGAUCACCAGUCAAACCGCAAACACCACACCUCCAUCUAUCUUGGUGACGACACUCCCAACUACCAUCACCUCGUCCACACCUACAUCUGAGACAACCUAUUCUCCUUCUCCCACUAGCACUGUCACAGACUCCACCACCAAAACCACCUACUCCACAAGUAUAUCUGGUACAUUGUCCACUGAGAUUUCUCUCCCAGCCACUACUUCCUCUCUCACAACCAAAGGAACAUCCACGACUUCUACCAGAAACUUGGUAACAACCACCAAUGAGACCACCUCUCACAGUACUCCCAGCUUCACUUCAAACAUCCACUCCACCAUCAGCACAUCCACAACUGCUAUCUCCUCAGUUCCCACUACCUCAGGUCCCAUGGUGACUUCCACAACCAUGACCCCAUCUUCUCUGACUACAGACAUUCCUACCACCACACUGACAACUAUCACCCAGCCUUCAGUGGGCUCUACUGUUUUCCUGACUACAGCAUCCAGCCUUACCUCAACAUUCACUGUUUCCAGUUCCUCAGCAGUGUCCGCAAGUGACAUUCCAUCUUCCCCUAGCAUCCAGAAUACAGACACCUCAACCCUUGUGAGUACAACCGUUGCCAUCAGUCCCACUGAGAGAACGACUCUCACAAGUACAACGAAGACCUUGAGAAGUUCAGCCCUGACAAGCUUUCCAGUGACAUACUCAUUUUCCUCUUCCACAUCUGCUAGCAGUGACUUGACCACUGACAUGGAGAGCAUCUCCUCACUUCCAGCCAUCACUAGUACACUCCACACAACAGCUGAAUCCACCCCGGGACCCACUUCAACCACAACAUUAACAUCUGCAACCAUGGAACCACCUUUAUCCAGUGUAGCAAUUACAGGCACAGGUCAGACCACCUUCACCAGUUCUACAGCCACAUUCCCUGAGACCAUCACACUGACUCCUACCACGAACAUGUCCAGAGAAUCCCUCAUGACAGCAAUGACUUCUACUACCCCCAUCACUUCUGCAAUCACUCCCGCAAAUGCAGCGACUUCUAUGACAACUAUGACCUCUCCUCCUACAACCACCAAUUAUUUUAUAUCAAUGACCAGUAUGACUCUGUCUUCUACACCUGUCUCAAGCACAGAAGCAAUCACCAGUGGCACCACAGACACAAUGCCUCCAUCUGCCUUGGUGACCCCACUCCCCACUCCAAAUGCUUCAUCCAUGACUACAUUUGGGACCACCUAUCCUAAUUCUCCGACUGGUCCUGGUACAAACUCCACGACCAAAAUCACCUAUCCCACCACUAUGACAGAGACAUCAUCCACUGCCACCUCUCUUCCGCCCACCUCUCCCUUGGUCUCAACCAUAGAAACAGCCAAAACUCCUACCACAAUCUUGAUAACCACCACCACCAAGACCACCUCACAUAGUAUCACCAGCUUCACUUCUUCGACCAUCUACUCCACAGCCAGCACAUACACAACUGCCAUCACCUCAGUUUCCACCACCUUGGGUACCAUGGUGACUUCUACAUCUAUGAUCCCAUCUAGUCUGAGUACAGAUAUCCCUACCUCACAACCAACAACCAUCACUCCCUCAUCCGUGGGCAUCACUGGUUCAUUAUCUAUGAUGACAGACCUCACCUCAGUGUACACAGUCUCCAGCAUGUCUGCAAGGCCAACAACUGUCAUUCCCUCAUCUCCCACUGUCCAGGAUACAGAAACCUCAUCCUUUGUCAGCAUGACCUCUGCCACCCCUCCCAGUGGGAGACCAACUUUCACAAGUACUGAGAACACUCCAACAAGGUCCCUCCUGACAAGCUUUCCAAUGACACAUUCGUUCUCGUCUAUUUCUGCCAGCAGUGCUGGGACCACUCACACAGAGAGCAUCUCCUCACCUGCAGCCACCACCAGUACACUCCACACAACAGCUGAAUCCAACCUGUCACCCACUAUCACCACCUCAUUCACCACAUCCACAACUAUGGAACCACCUUCAACAUCUGUAGCAACUAUAGGCACAGGGCAGACCACCUUCCCCAGCUCUACAGCCACAUUCCCUGAGACCACCACCCUGAUUCCUACAACUGACAUUUCUACAGAAUCUCUCACAACAGCCAUAACUUCUACUUCUGCCAUCACUUCUUCAGUCACUCCCGCCAAUACAGUGGCUUCUAUGACAACUACGACUUCCUGGCCCACAGUCGGUAAUACGUUAUCAUCCCUCACCAGUAGCAUUUUAUAUUCUACACCUGUCCAGAGCACAGAAAUAAUCACCAGUCAUACCACCAACACCACCCCUUUAUCUACCUUGGUGACCACACUCCCCACUACCAUCACCAGGUCUACACCUACAUCUGAGACCACCUACCUUACUUCUCCCACUAGCACAGUCACAGACUCCACGACCGACAUCACCUACUCCACAAGUAUGACAGGUACUUUGUUCACUGAGACGGCUCUCCCAACCACCUCUUCCUCUCUCCUAACCAUAGAAACAGCCACAACUCCUACCACAACCUUGGUAACCACCACCCCUGAGACCACCUCCCACAGUAUUCCCAGUUUCAUGUCUUCAACCAUCUACUCCACAAUCAGUACAACCACAACUACUAUCUCCUCAGCUUCGUGUACUUCAGAUAUCAUAGUGACUUCCACAACCAUGACCCCAUCUUCUCUGAGUACCGACAUCCCUUUGACAACACCAACAACUAUCUCCCACUCUUCUGUGGGCUCUACUGAAUCCUUGACUACAACAGACCUCUCCUCAAUAUUUGCUGUUUCUAGUACAUCAGCAAUGUCCACAAGUGACAUCCCAUCUUCCUCCAGCAUGCAGAAUACAGAAACCUCAUCACUUGUCAGCAUGACCUCUGCCACCACUCCAAGUGAGAGACCAACUGUCACAAGUACUGAGGGCACUCAGACAACUUCCCUCCUGACGAGCUUUCCAGUGACGUAUUCAUUUUCCUCUUCCAUGUCUGCCAGCAGUGUAGGGACCACUCACAUCGAGAGUAUCUCCUCACCUCCAGCCAUCACCAGAACACUCCACACGACAGCUGAAUCCACCCCAUCACCCACAACCAUCACCUCAUUCACAACAUUUACAACGAUGGAAACAUCUUCAUCCACUGUAGCAACUACCGGCACAGAUCAGACUACAUUCACCAGUUCAACAGCCACAUCCCCUGAGACCACCACAUUGACUCCUACCCCUGACAUUUCCACAGGAUCUUUCAAAACAGCAGUGAGUUCUACUCCCCCCAUCACUUCUUCAGUCACUUCCACAUAUACAGUGACUUUUAUGACAAAUACCGCCCCUCUGCCCACAGCCACUAAUACAUUACUAUCAUUCACCAGUAGCGUUUCAUCUUCUACGACUGUCCCAAGUACAGAAGUGAUUGCCAGUGGUACCACAAACACCACCCCUCUAUCUACCUUGGUGAUCACAUUCUCCAGUUCCGACACCAGUUCUACACCUACAUCUGAGACCUCCUACCCUACUUCUCUUACUAGUGCUCUCACAGAUUCCACGAACAGAAUCACCUAUUCCACCAGUGUGACAGGUAAACUGUCUACUGUGACUUUUCUCCGACCCACCUCUUCCUCUCUCCCAACCACAAUAACAGCCACAGUUCCUACCACAAACUUGGUAACCAAGACCACCAAGACCACCUCACACAGUACACCCAGCUUCACUUCUUUGAUCACCACCACUGAGAUCAUCUCACACAGUACUCCCAGCUACACUUCUUUGAUCACCACCACUGAGACACCCUCACACAGUACUCCCAGCUUCACUUCUUCAAUCACCACCACUGAGACCCUAUCACACAGUACUCCCAACUUGACUUCUGCGAUCACCACUACUGAGACCACGUCACACCGUAUUCCAGGCUUCACUUCUUCGAUCAUCACCACAGAGACCACCUCACACAGUUCUCCCAGCUUCACUUCUUCGAUCACCAACACGGAGACUACCUCACACAGUCCUCCAGGGUUCACUUCUUCAAUCCCCACCACUGAGCCCACCUCACACAGUCCUUCCGGCUUCACUUCAAUCAACACCACCGAGACCACCUCACACAGUACGUCCAGCUUGACUUCUUCAAUCACCACCACCAAGACACCCUCACACAUUACUUCCAGCUUCACUUCUUUAAUCACCACCACUGAGACCCUAUCACAUAGUACUCCCAGCUUGACUUCUGCGAUCACCACUACUGAGACCACGUCACACAGUAUUCCAGGCUUCACUUCUUUCAUCACCACCACAGAGACCACCUCACACAGUUCUCCCAGCUUCACUUCUUCGAUCACCAACACGAAGACUACCUCACACAGUCCUCCAGGGUUCACUUCUUCAAUCCCCACCACUGAGACCACCUCACACAGUCCUCCCAGCUUCACUUCUUCAAUCACUACCACCGAGACCACCUCACACAGUACGUCCAGCUUGACUUCUUCAAUCACCACCAACAAGACCAUCUCACACAGUCCUUCCAGAUUCACUUCUUCGAUCAUGACCACGGAAAGCCCCUCACACAGUACUCCCAGCUUAACUUCUUUGAUCACCACCACCAAGUCCACCUCACACAAUCCUCCGAGCUUCACAUCUGCGAUCACCACCACAGGGAACACCUCACACAGUACUCCCAUUUUCACUUCUUCAAUUGCCACCACCGAGAGCACCUCACACAGUACUCCCAGCUUCACUUCAUCGAUCAUCAGCACCGAGACCAUCUCACACAGUACUCCCAGCUUCAGUUCUUUGAUCACCACCACGGAGACAACCUCACAGAGUUCUUCCAGCUUAAGUUCUUUGAUCACCACCACAAAGUCCACCCCACACAAUCCUCCGAGCUUCACUUCUGUGAUCACCACCACAGGGAUCACCUCACCCAGUACUCCCAUUUUCCCUUCUUCGAUCACCACUACUGAGACCACAUCCCACAAUACUCCCAGCUUGACUUCUUCAAUCACCACCACGGAGACCGCAUCCCACAGCACUUCCAGCUUCACUUCUUCAAUCACCAGCAUCGAGACCACAUCCCACAGUACUCCCAGCUUGACUUCUUCAAUCACUGCAACCGGGACCACCUCACACAGUACUCCCAGCUUCACUUCUUUAAUCCCCAUCACUGAGUCCAUAUCCCAUAGUACUAGCAGUUUCACUUCUUCAAUCACCACCACUAAGACCACCUCACACAGUAUGCCCAGCUUCACUUCUUCGAUCGCCACCACAGAGAUCAUCUCACAUAGUACUCCCAGCUACACUUCUUCGAUUGCCACCACAGAGACACUCUCACACAGUACUCCCAGCUUCACUUCUUCGAUCACCACCAGCGAGACCACCUCACACCUUCCUCCCAGGUUCACUUCUUCGAUCACCAGCACCAAGACCACCUCACACAGUCCUCCCAGCUUCAAUUCCUCAAGCACCACCACUGAUGAGACCAUAUCACACAAUAGUACUGGCUUCACUUCUUUGAUCACUACCACCGAGACCACCUCACACAGUACUCCCAGCUUCACUUCUUCAAUCACCACCACUGAGACCACCUCACACAGUACUGCCAGCAUCACUUCUUCGAUCACCACCACUGAGAUCAUUUCACGCAGUACUCCCAGCUACACUUCUUCGAUUGCCACCACUGAGACACCCUCACACACUACUCCCAGCUUCACUUCUACCAUCACCACCACCGACAGCGCAUCACACAGUAAUCCCAGCUUGACUUUUGCCAUCACCACCACUGAGACCAGGUCACACAGUCCUCCUAUCUUCACUUCUUCGAUCACCACCACAGAGACCACCUCACACAGUCCUCCCAGCUUCACUUCUUCAAUCACUACCACCGAAACCCCCUCACACAGUAAUCCCAGCUUCACUUCUUUCAUCACCACCACCGAGACCACCUCACACAGUACUCCCAGCUUCACUUCUUCAAUCACCACCACUGAGAUCAUCUCACGUAGUACUCCCAGCUACACUUCUUCGAUUGCCACCACUGAGACACCAUCACACAGUACUCCCAGCUUCUCUUUUUCAAUCGCAACCACUGAGACCAUAUCACACAGGACUCCCAGGUUGACUUCUGUGAUCACUACCACUAAGAGCAUGUCACACAGUAUUCCAAGCUUCGCUUCUUUGAUCACCACCAGCGAGACUACCUCACACCUUCCUCCUAGGUUCACUUCUUUGAUCACCACCACUGAGACCACCUCACACAGUACUCCCAGCUUCACUGCUUCAAUCACCUGCACCGAGACCACCUCACACAGUACUCCCGGCUUCACUUCUUCGAUCACCAGCACUGAGACCACCUCACACAGUCCUCCCAGCUUCACUUCCUCAAGCACCACCACUGAGACCCCUUCACACAGUACCCCCGGCUUUAGUUCUUCGAUCGCCACCACUGAGACAACCUCACACAGUACUGCCGGCUUCACUUCUUCGAUCGCCACCAGCAAGACCAUGUCACACAAUACUCCUGGCUUUACUUCUUUGAUCGCCACCACCGAGACCACCUCACAUAGUACUCCCAGCUUCACUUCUUCAAUCACCACCACUGAGACCACCUCACACAGUACUGCCAGCAUCACUUCUUCGAUCACCACCACCGAGAUCAUUUCAUGCAGUACUACCAGCUACACUUCUUCAAUCGCCACCACUGGGACACCCUCACACACUACUCCCAGCUUCACUUCUACGAUCACCACCACCGAGAGCACAUCUCACAGUGAUCCCAGCUUGACUUCUGGCAUCACCACCACUGUGACCAGGUCAUACAGUCCUCCCAUCUUCACUUCUUCAAUCAGCACCACCGAGACCACCUCACACAGUCUUCCAGGCUUCACUUUUUCGAUCACCACCACCGAGACCACCUCACACAGUCCUCCCAGCUUCACUUCUUCAAUCACUACCACCGAAACCCCCUCACGCAGUAAUCCCAGCUUCACUUCUUUCAUCACCACCACAAAGUCCACCUCACACAGUCCUCCCAGCUUCACUUCUUUGAUCACUACCACUGAGACCGCCUCACACAGUAAUCCCAGCUUCACAUCUUUGAUCACCACCACCGAGUCCACCUCACACAGUCCUCUGGGCUUCACUUCUGCGAUCGCCACCACAGGGAUCACCUCACACAGUACUCCCAUUUUCACUUCUUCGAUCGCCACCACUGAGACCAUCUCACACAGUACUCCCAGCUUCACUUCUUCGAUCACCAGCACCGAGACCAUCUCACACAGUACUUCCAGCUUCAGUUCUUUGAUCACCACCAUGGAGAGAACCUCACAGAGUUCUUCCAGCUUAAGUUCUUUGAUCACCACCACAAAGGAUGACGUCACACAAUACUCCCAGGUUCACUUCUGCGAUUGCCAGCACCAAGACCACUUCACAGAGUACUCCCAGUUUGACUUCUCUCAUCGCCACCACUGGGACCAGCUCACCCAGUAG